UUGUCACCUAAAUGCCAUUUUAGGCCAAAAUUGGUCCAAAAAUUAAAACCACUUCAUUUUCGGCUAAAUCUGGCACAGUUAACAAAUAAAGUAUGCUGAAAAUGAUUAUGGUACAAAAGUUUGAUUUUUUGUCACCUAAAUGUCAUUUCAGACCAAAAUUUAUCCAAAAAUUAAAACUGCUUUAUUUUCGACAAAAAUUGACACAGUUAAUAAAAAAAGUAUGCUGAAAAUGAUGGUCACAUCAAAAUUUUGAUUUUUUGUCAACUAAUGCCGUUUAAGACCAUCAACGUUCAAUUGCAAGACUUUCAACCAUGAAUGAUAGGCUGUAUUUUUUGUUAGCAAUUUCUUUUAAAGUGUGAGUUUAAUGACACGUUUCGUUUUGUUUGCGUUUGUUGUAAGAUAUAAUGUAACUGGUGUGCUUUAUCUUCAGAGGUUCAUGCACCAAACCCCUUCGAAUGUUUGGCACAAUAACACAACGAAUUAGCAGGUUUUCAUCAAAUAUUUUGGUAGCGCGUGGAAAUUCUUAGAGCCCCCAGGGCUUCUUGUAUUUUUAAUAAUGGAGAGCACCGGAGAGUGUACGCUGAAUCAGCAAAACAUGGAGUCGAGAAAAAGAAUCAUAAAAACCCAAAACUGAACAACAAAUGGUUGAAAACAGAAAUUAAAAAGAUCCAGUAUGGAUUUGCAUUUUGUAUUGAAAAUCCACUUUAAAGAUUUCAAGUGCAAUUCUGGAAAUUAUGAUAUAUAUAUAUAAUGUAAUUAUGUAGUAAAUACUUAAAUUUUAUUGUGUUGAUCAGGAUGGUUUUUUGUACUAAUAUAUAUAUCUGCAUAGAGACACCAUUUUUUAAGGAGAAUAGGGUAGGGCUUGCGAAAAAAUAAUUUACAGUAUUAUUGUUUUAUUUUCCAUAUUAUAUUCAUACUUUAAAUAAAUUUUUUAGAAGAAGAAUUGUAUUUACACAUAGGAAAAAAGUACACCAUUGCUUCUAAAAGAAAGAACAAAUUAUAUAUGUGCCUUUUGUGUCAUGAGGACCUUCAUAUUGACAUUUUGUAUUUAUCUAGUGUUUUCAUUUUACAAAGAAAUUUUAGCUUCAAGUGGCGAUAAAGAUAUUUAUUUUCAGAUAUGUGUUGAAAAAUGUACUAGUUUCCGAAAUAAGGAGAAGGUUAUUCUAUCUUGGCAGUUGCAGGGGCUACUAUGGAAUCACAAAAGUGAUUGUGAGUAUGGCUGUAUGAUGAAUGUAACAAAGGAGAGAAUAAAAUUUAAUCAGCCAGUUCUACAGUAUUUUGGAAAAUGGCCCUUGACUCGUUUCUUUGGUAUUCAGGAGCCAGCCUCUGCUUUAUUUUCAUUUCUUCACUGCAUUGCACAGAUAUUUGGUUGGCUGCAAUACCAAAAAUUUGUAAACAAGAAUUACGAAUUUUACUCCUUAACCAAAAUGCAAUUUAAUAUUAAUAUGAUCGGCUGGAUUUGUGCAACAGUAUUCCAUACAAGAGAUUUCUAUUGGACAGAGAAAUUUGAUUAUUUUAGUGCAGCAGGUAUUAUUGCAUUAUCAAUAUAUACAUGUUUUGCCAGAAUUGCUGGAAAAACGAGUGAUGCCAAAGUCUAUCUUUUUGGAAUAAUUUUGUUAAUAAUAUUCUCUCACCAUAUAUACCAUAUGGCAUUUGUGCAUUUUGAUUAUGGGUAUAAUGCAAAAUUUUGGAAACAAAAACAAAAUUUGGCACAGUUAACAAAUAAAGUAUGCUGAACAUGAUGGUGACAUCAAAAUUUUGGUUUUUUGUCACCUUAAAUGUCAUUUUAGGCCAAAAUUGGUCCAAAAAUUAAAACUACUUCAUUUUCAACAAAAAUUGGCAAAGUUGACAAAAAAAGUAUGCUGAACAUAAAUGGUGACAUCAAAAUUUUGAUUUUUGUCACCUAAAUGCCAUUUUAGGCCAAAAUUGGUCCAAAAAUUAAAACCACUUCAUUUUCGGCUAAAUCUGGCACAGUUAACAAAUAAAGUAUGCUGAAAAUGAUUAUGGUACAAAAGUUUGAUUUUUUGUCACCUAAAUGUCAUUUCAGACCAAAAUUUAUCCAAAAAUUAAAACUGCUUUAUUUUCGACAAAAAUUGACACAGUUAAUAAAAAAAGUAUGCUGAAAAUGAUGGUCACAUCAAAAUUUUGAUUUUUUGUCAACUAAUGCCGUUUAAGACCAUCAACGUUCAAUUGCAAGACUUUCAACCAUGAAUGAUAGGCUGUAUUUUUUGUUAGCAAUUUCUUUUAAAGUGUGAGUUUAAUGACACGUUUCGUUUUGUUUGCGUUUGUUGUAAGAUAUAAUGUAACUGGUGUGCUUUAUCUUCAGAGGUUCAUGCACCAAACCCCUUCGAAUGUUUGGCACAAUAACACAA